ACACAGCGAAGAACAGCCAUCACAAAUAAGGAGGACAAAUCGGGGGGAUAGUGGAUCGUUUCGGAGUUGGAGGUGGUGGGGGAUCCAGCCGAGAAGACAGCCGCAGUGAGUUUGGAGCCGUUUUGGGCUGAUUCGAUGCGGAGAAUGAAAAGGAGCCGGAUGACGACGGAAGCAAUGAAAAUAUCACACAUGUAGCUCGUUUGGGUGUAAAUAUUAUUCUCCUUCCUCCUGUCCUGCUGCCCCCCCCGCCUCCCCGACGAAGACAGCCGUUGGGGAGACAGAGAAAUAGAUAGAGAGUCAAAGUGUGAACCUAUGGAAAUGUUUAUGAUGAGAGGAGACGUGGAAACGAGCCGCGCCACAGUACGGGCGAGCCUUUCGGACACGCCGAGUUCGGCUCCUUGUCACGGGCAGCAGUGAGACGCAAGACCCGGGCUUUUGGAGAUGCAAAUUAGGCUGUGUGUUCUGCCUCCGUUUGAGGUGAAACCCCGCUUUUUGGUAUCUUAACACACAUUGUGGAUUACACAUUUUUACACAGCUGACUCGGGGAGGACACAGAGUGGGAAAACAAAACAGUAAAACUACACUGCAUGUGAAGGAGGAGAAAAAAAAGCCCAAAGCAGGAUUCAGCAAACUGAGAAGGCGGCCUCGGUGUCGUCAGCAACAGUAUCCUGCCCUUUCUCUGACAGCAAAAUACGCGUUAUGGACAUAUAAUUUCUACCGUGCUGCACCACGGACAGUUUUUGGAGCAGACAAGGGACGUGAAACGGUGUAAAUGUGGGUGACACUGCUGCCAAAUUCGUGGGUCAAACGAGGGAUCUAGACUAGUUUAUUUAUUUUUCUUUCUACAUAUCCCCCCCUCCACCUCCACUUCUUCUUCUUCCUCCUCCUCCCCUGGACCCCCUUUUUUCUUUUUUCUUGCGGGAAGAUGGGUUGUUUGGGCAACAGUAAGACCGAAGACCAGAGAAAUGAGGAGAAGGCACAAAGAGAAGCAAACAAAAAGAUAGAGAAGCAGCUCCAAAAAGACAAACAGAUAUACAGAGCAACACACAGACUACUACUUUUAGGAGCUGGUGAGUCAGGAAAGAGCACCAUAGUGAAACAGAUGAGGAUCCUACAUGUCAACGGCUUCAAUGCAGAAGAGAAGAAGCAGAAAAUUAAUGACAUCAAGAAUAAUAUUAAAGAAGCUAUUGAGACCAUAGUUACAGCUAUGAGCACCCUGACACCACCGGUGCAGUUAGCGUGUCCAGAGAACCUGUACCGGCUCGAAUACGUCCUCAACCUCGUCAGCCAGAAGGACUUUGAUUUUCCAUCUGAGUUUUACGACCAUGCAAAGACACUGUGGUUGGACGAGGGGGUCAAAGCGUGCUAUGAGAGAUCCAACGAGUACCAGCUAAUCGACUGUGCACAAUACUUUCUGGACAAGAUUGAAAUUGUGAAGCAGAGUGACUACACUCCGACAGAUCAGGAUUUGCUGCGGUGCAGAGUACUGACUUCAGGGAUCUUCGAGACAAGAUUCCAAGUGGACAAAGUUAAUUUCCAUAUGUUCGAUGUCGGUGGUCAAAGAGACGAACGCCGGAAAUGGAUUCAGUGCUUUAACGAUGUAACGGCCAUCAUCUUUGUGGUGGCCAGUAGCAGUUACAACAUGGUGAUCAGAGAGGACAAUCAGACCAACCGUUUACAGGAGGCCCUCAACCUCUUCAAGAACAUCUGGAACAACAGGUGGCUGCGGACCAUUUCUGUCAUCUUGUUCCUAAAUAAACAGGACCUGCUAGCGGAGAAGGUGUUGGCAGGGAAGUCCAAAAUUGAGGAAUACUUUCCUGAAUUUGCUCGCUACACCACACCUGACGAUGCAACACCAGAGCCUGGAGAGGAUCCACGUGUUACAAGAGCAAAGUACUUCAUAAGAGAUGAAUUCCUGAGGAUCAGCACAGCGAGCGGGGACGGGAGGCACUACUGUUACCCCCACUUCACCUGCGCUGUUGACACGGAAAACAUCCGCCGUGUCUUCAACGACUGUCGAGACAUCAUCCAGAGGAUGCACCUGCGACAGUACGAGCUGUUGUGAUGGGAGAAGAAAGGUGUUCGGCCAAAAAAAAAAAACGCAAAAACAGAUCGGACUAUGAAACACCCUGAGUCUCUGAACUCCCCUCUCUUCCAAAGAGGUGUGCGAGCUCUUGUGAAGGCCAAAAGACACACACGUACACACACGUACACACACUUACAUUAAACACACUCUGAAGCCAGAACUUCCCCUGAUGCAAACUCCUUACCUGCAGUAGAUCUUUUGAUGGAUGAAGGGUUUGAGGGGGUAACACAAGAACGGACUCUGAUCUCCAACACCACUUUCAGCCAUACUCCCAGCUCCUCGCCUCUCGAACAUCACGCAUUGUCCCCGCACACGUAACCUUCACCUUCCCCAAAGUCUGGACUGUAUCUCCUGCAGUGAGGAAGGUUCGAGCUGCGGUAGAGAUGGAAGUGCAACUCGGAAAGAGAUAAAUGUUGAAUUACUGCAAAUAGAGAAUAAACGCGUCACAACAGAUCAACUGAACACUGUAUCUAAUGAAAACACAAGCACUGUGCUCAGGACUCGACACUGAUCCUUCCAAUCACUUGCAUACAUCCACAAAUACAACCACGGGAUCUGCUUGCACACAGAAAAAACGCAUCACACCUGCUUUUUACUGGACUGCAUAACCGGGGCGGAUCCAGAAACAUACUGAUCCGCCUACUGUAGCAGCAGCCGACAAGUGACCUGCUCACUGAGCUGUCGGCUGGUAUUUUUUGCCUUCACAGUGCUUUGAAAUCAAACAGACUGAGCGACUGCACAGCUGAGCCCCGAGGAGCAGUGUUACCACGUUGACGGACUAAAACGGACCAGGCUGCAGGGGGGGGAGGGGCCGGGAUCACAAAAACAGGACAGAGCUGACUCCGAUGUGAAUUUCUCUGCUGAGUUUCAGACACAUUCGAGAGGGACGACGAUGACGACGAUCCCUCGACUCCUCCACAGAACAGUUUUGCCACCUGACUUUGCCUCGUUGAUAGUGGAGCAAAACGUGAGGAGGAUAUAUUGAGUUUAAAACAAAAAAGAAACAAAAAACAUAAUGCCAACUUUUAUGGAACUUAACAAACGGAGGGCAAAAAGCAUCCUUCUACAGUACAGUACCAUAUAAGUUAAAGAGAACUCUCAUCUUGUCAUGAUUGACCCUGUUUUACUGUCUGCACAGCUGUUUUUGUCUGUGUAGACUUUUGUGCCAUUGUGCCCUGGGCGCUUUCUUUAUCUUUACUCUUCCUGUCUCUUGUCAUUCUCUCCCUGUUCUUUCUCCUCUGCCGAUUCUACUCACUUCUCCCUCUCUUUCUCUCUCCUCCUUCACUCCUCCGCCACCUCCCCAUCUGCACUUUUACUUUACAGGCAGUGCUCUUUUUUUGUUUUUUGUUUUUUUAAAGAAAAGAAAAUAUAAUAAUCCCGGACUUUAAAUAGAAAAAAGGAAGAAGAUGACAGCAACAAACGGGACGCUUUUUUUUUUUUUCACUCGUGGUCAAACAACCUGCUAACACCUCCCUCUAUCUUUCCUCUUCUCUCCUCCCCAACCUCUUGCUCCUUUGUAUGUCUGUCUUUAUUUUACUUUACUGCUGAACUAUUAUUCUUGUACAGACUGUAAAAUGUAUUAUUUUGUACAACUUUAUUGAAAAAAAUUACUUUUAGAAGAUCCCUGUGCCUUGAUCACGACUGUACGUGUGUAAUGAGCUAAAGUGGGUGUCAUACUGCGCUGUAUAGCUUGGCCAAUCCCCUCCUAACUCUGCCUCCCUUGCCACUUCCUUCUCUUUCUUUACCCCCCCCCCCCCCCCCCCCCCACCUCUCUAUCUCUCUGUCUCUUGCUCUCUCUCCUCUGUCGUCUCUCUCUCUCUCUCUCUCUAGGCUGGAGGACAACCAUUCGUAGCUUUUGUAGUUUUAUUUCUCUCUCCUCUCCUAUCCUCCCAUUCUCUCUUUAUGAUUUAAAUGUCUAUUUUUGGAUCCAUAUACCCCAAAAAGAUAAAUAUAUGAAAUGUAUAUGGGUUUUAAAAAAAAAAGUAUUUUAUUAGAAAUCAAAUGAACCUUGACAAAUUGUACACUUGAUAGUGUGCGUAUUGCUAUAACUUAAAUCCUUUCAACUGAAGUUGUGUUCAGGUUUCUUUUGUUUUCCUCCGUUGACAUCUGCGAAGGACAUUUUGAAGGGUUAAAGAGGAGAUGACAGAUGGAAAAUGUUGCUUGUUUCUACACAGAUCGUAUUCUUUUGCUACCAAAAGACCAAAAAAAAAAGUGACAAAAACAUAAAUUAUUUUCAGUUUAUUUUCUGAUGAGGGGGGAGGGGUUCUCCUUCCUAGCCUUGCACAGCAGAGGUGGCCUGUACAGUAUUAGCAUCUCUCUCAUUUCAGUGCCCUAGUCUUCAUUUAAUGUGUACAUCAAAUAUGGGUCUCUACUUUCUGAAAAGGAGCUCUAAGAAAUAAAAGUUUUU